GGGUGGGGGGGAAGAAAGAGAAGCGGCCGGAGGAGAGGAGACGCUGAGGAGACCGGUGAGGGGAGCUCGAGCGCCCGAGGCGGGAGGCGCGAAGCCCAGAGCGCGAGGCGCGACCGUUGGCCAUGGCGUUGUGCGGCACCAGCGCGAGCCAACAGCAUCAAAGCGCCGCCAAGCUGAUGGCUUAUAACGGUGCCGGGGCCCACCACAACCAUCACCACCACCACCAUCACCACCACGGCGGCGGCAGCAGCAACAGCCAUCACCACCACCAGCCGCCGCCGCCGCCGCCCCAUCAUCACCACCACCCGCACCAUCACCACCCGGCUCAUCUGCAGCAUCAACUGGACAUCGAGCCCGACAGACCCAUCGGAUACGGAGCCUUCGGAGUGGUCUGGUCAGUAACGGAUCCCAGGGAUGGAAAGAGAGUUGCACUCAAAAAGAUGCCUAAUGUCUUCCAGAAUCUGGUUUCCUGUAAGAGAGUCUUCCGUGAGUUGAAGAUGCUAUGCUUCUUCAAACAUGAUAAUGUGCUCUCUGCGCUUGAUAUGCUCCAGCCUCCUCAUAUUGACUACUUUGAGGAAAUUUAUGUUGUCACGGAGCUAAUGCAAAGUGACCUUCACAAGAUCAUCGUGUCCCCACAACCGUUGAGUUCAGAUCAUGUCAAAGUUUUCCUCUACCAGAUUUUAAGAGGGCUGAAGUAUUUACAUUCGGCUGGCAUAUUACAUCGGGACAUUAAACCAGGGAACCUUCUUGUGAACAGCAAUUGUGUCCUCAAGAUCUGUGACUUUGGUCUCGCCAGAGUAGAAGAACUUGAUGAAUCUCGGCACAUGACCCAGGAAGUUGUCACUCAGUAUUACCGGGCACCAGAGAUCCUAAUGGGUAGUCGACAUUACACUAAUGCCAUUGACAUCUGGUCUGUAGGAUGCAUCUUUGCAGAGCUUUUAGGCCGGAGAAUUUUAUUCCAAGCCCAAAGUCCAAUUCAACAGUUGGAUCUAAUCACAGACCUAUUGGGAACUCCAUCACUAGAAGCAAUGCGAACAGCUUGUGAAGGUGCUAAGGCUCACAUACUCAGGGGACCUCAUAAACAGCCAUCACUUCCAGUUCUGUACACACUGUCCAGCCAGGCUACCCAUGAAGCAGUCCACCUUCUUUGCAGAAUGUUAGUUUUUGACCCUUCAAAAAGAAUCUCUGCAAAGGAUGCCCUGGCUCAUCCGUACUUGGAUGAAGGACGGCUUAGAUACCACACGUGUAUGUGCAAAUGCUGUUAUACCACCUCUACGGGACGAGUUUACACCAAUGAUUUUGAGCCCAUCACCAACCCCAAAUUUGAUGACGGAUUUGAAAAAAAUCUGACUUCUGUCCGACAGGUUAAAGAGCUCAUUCAUCAAUUCAUUCUGGAGCAGCAGAAAGGAAAUAGGGUUCCACUAUGUAUCAACCCACAAUCUGCUGCAUUUAAAAGCUUUAUCAGCUCCACAGUAGCUCAGCCCUCUGAGAUGCCCCCAUCUCCAUUGGUAUGGGAGUAAGUGGAAGAAACUACUGAUGACAAACAUUUUAGAUUCUCACUGGAGUCUAAAAUAUGCAGUAUCAGUUUCGUCGGGACAAGUGUGUAAUUUUACUUAUAAAUUUUUUAAAGUUAAACCACUGAUCAUUGUAAAGAAUAUACUUUUAGGAAUAUGCUGGACUUGUAUUUUUUAGAAAACAAAUUGGUGGUUGUGCUUUGAAAUAAAGCAGCUUUAGCAGAAGCUGCAGUUUGUAUGUAUUUAUGGAACCACGUGCAGCCUUCGCUUUUUGGCUUUGAAAAAAAAGAAAAGUUGCCCUAAAAUGAACUAGGUGAUAUGAAUUGAAGUGGAGCAAGCACGUGCAGGAUCUCUGAAAGGAAUCAAUGCUGAGCCAAUCCUGAAGACACUUUUUACUGAGGCUGACUGAGAAUACAAAGAAGCUUAUGGCGACCAAUCAUGCAGUGAUGUCAGUUGACAAGGUUUUGUAAUAAAGUGAGCAUGUCACCUGACAUUUCAGUUCUAUAGCUUCUCUUCAGACCUGUGAUGGUGGUGUGCUGUUUGUAAAACAUUGUGAUUAGAAAGAGGCUGAGUUGAGUGUGGGAUUAUCAUUAGUAGAAAGUAACUUAUGUUUUCCCUGGCCCCUAAUUAUAUUGAACCAUUUUUUUUAGGAGCAUUGAUUUUAUUUUUGAAGUCCAAAAACCUCAAAGCAUGUGCAUCAUCCACAUCACUUGUGUAUAUAAGUCCAGUAUUGGGUAGAUUUUGAAAGUCUUGACAUUAUUACUGUAUAGAGGAAUUAGCUUGCACAUUUUAGGUCUGUGAAAUAUUCUGUGGAAGUUAUUUUCUGCACUGGACAGUGUAACAGGAAAAAAAGCAGCACAUAGGCGAUUAUGUUAAUUGUGUCUUGUGUCUUUAGACAGAACUGUGGAAGUGUUGAUCUGAAACGUCACAGUAGUGCAGAGUUUUAAUAUCCUUUGACAAAUCCUUAUCUACUGGAACACUGAACUAUUCUGUGUAUAUGUGUAUAUAUGAACAGAAUUUGAAGGCUCUACCUCCAGGAGUAUACAACUUGGUUUGUUUACUUCCACGUUUUUUAAAAAAAAACACACACAAUUCAGCGUGGGGAUUAAAAACUUGAAUGUCCCUUCCAGCUUUUAUAUUUAAGAAAAAAGAAAAAAGUUUUUCACAUGUACGAAGGAAACAUUAUGGAUCGUCUUAAAUGCGCAAUUGUGUUCAAAGCUGAGAAAUGACCCCAGAAUUGGUCAUCGAUACUUGACUGUUAAGAAACUGUAGUUCAUAUCUGUAUUUAGCAUUGGACUCUUGAUAUGAGUGACCCAGAGCAAAGGUGUGCACAGAUUUCAAAUAAAUUCCUAAUAUUUUAUUCUUUUAAAAAAUAUUUAAUUUAAAUGAAGUAUGGCUUGCUUUGGCAAAGAAAAACUCUUACAUGCUGGAAACUGCAUCUAUUUACAAUUAGGAACAAUGAAAUUAUUUUAUGACUAAAACGAUAAUGCUUUGGAUUUUUGGUAAGCCUUUAGAGCUUUAACAAGAAGUGAAGUUUUAGAACGGCUUGUAUUCGGAAAAUCUCUGUGUUCAGUAAACGGGGGCAAAAGGUCUGAGAGCCUGCUGAGAAACCGGUUUCAAAAUAUCACUUGAGGUUCAUCGUCCUAUGUGACACAUUGCUGGUCACUUUGUACAAUGUAGAUUUGAAGUACAGUGGUGGAAACUCAUUAAAUGUGACAUUUNAAAAAGAAUUUUGUGUACUGCUGAUCAAUGUGUGUUGCAUUACUUUUAGAAGUAAGGUUUUGUAUUUUCUAGUUUUGUGAUGGUCUUUCUGUGUUUCACACGAAGACAGCUUAAGUAAAAUCAUGUUUCUCACUUUUCUCCUUGUAGCAGACAAUCCUAUCCAGUAAAUAUGUAUGAAACAAGAUUUCCCUGCCUUUAUUCUAAGAUUGUACAUUUUUAUAUAUUCUCUGUGAAAGGGAUUUUAUUUCAAGCAUGUUUAGAAGAGAAUCAAUGAAAUCUUCCCAUUAUGACUCACCUGGAUAGGAUUGAACUAAUUAAAUAUUUUUUUUAUAACAUGAAAGCAGUUUGUUUUC